UUGUCGUGACUGCAGAUGCAAAUAUUAUUUACCCUGCCGUUCGUCACAUUGAUCGAUUAUACGAUCUCGCGGAGGUUAACCUUGUCGGUUGCCGUCGAAAUUGAGCCACGUUUCGGUGAAAGGACUUGCAACAAGGCAUUCCACAUGCAACGAAUUUCGAAUUUUCACAUUUCUCCGCGAACGCACUACUAUUAUAAGUCGAAUGAAACGACUCAUCGUUCUCUGGCUCCAGCCGCGGUGGAUUCAGAUUCGUUACUAAUCGGUAGCCGCUUCGCGACGACGGUCCUCGUAAUGACACAGGGAUCACACGCGUCUUCCAGCAAACGAAACGUUAAGAUAAGUGUCACGGUUGAAAGCGGAACGCGCCAGGUUCUGACUCGUCUAUGCACUUUCACUGUAUCUUCUACGACUCAAGAAUUAAAUGCGCAUUAAAAUUGUACAUACA